GGAAGUCAGUCUAAAGGGAAGCCACAAGAAAAGACUUAAUUCUGUGUAUAAAAUCAUUUUUUAUUGGAUUUAAGCUCCCUGUCUCUUUUACCAACAGCCCAACACUAGGAGCCAAAGGUGAAUUUUCAGUUGAAGCAUUCAUUUCUUUUGUUUCCUUUUGGAUUUUUGUCGUUCUCUCACAAAACAAAACCCAACCAUGAAGACUUCAAAGAGUUCUUUUCAUUAAGUUCUUAAUUUCCUCCUCCUCUCUUUCAAUAUCUUGCCUCAGGUUAAGUCUGAAACUAAAAUAGGUAUUUCUUUCCUUAUUUAGUAUUAAACUGCUAUCUGUUUCUUCUCUCUCGCUUUGAUCUGCAAAUCAAACCCAAGAGUACCCACACCCCAGUAGAAGCUUCUCUCUCAUUUCCGUCUUGGUGAGGGGUGUGGGAGCCUGAGGCUUCUUGGUGAGGGGUGUGGGGAGCCUGAGGCUUGGGGUGUAUUGAUGGGUAAUUGCUGGUCUAGAGGGAACCCAUCCAUUUACGGAGUAUCUCUUUUUUGGAAGAACAUCUACAGAGUAUCUUCCAAUGCAAAGUCAGAAUCUCCAGAAGUCCAGAGUCCAGUGAAAGAAGAAGGGAGGGAUGGGAGCAAAUUGCCCUCAAAUCCUAAGGAAGUCAAGGAAUCGGAUCGUGACACAGCUGCAAACCCACUGAUAGCAUUUACUUUCAAUGAACUUAAGAUCAUCACAGGGAAUUUUAGGAAGGACCAUGUGCUUGGUGGAGGGGGGUUUGGAAAUGUUUAUAAAGGAUUUAUAACUGAAGAUCUUAGGGAGGAUCUUCAACCUCUUCAAGUAGCCGUGAAGGUCCAUGAUGGUGAUAACAGUGUUCAAGGUCACAGAGAAUGGCUGGCUGAAGUUACAUUCCUCGGGCAACUUUCUCAUCCGAAUUUGGUGAAAUUGAUUGGAUACUGCUGCGAAGACGAGCACCGGAUGCUAAUUUAUGAGUUCAUGGCUCGAGGCAGUGUGGAAGACAACCUCUUUUCAAGAGUAUUGCUUCCCCUUCCUUGGUCUAUCAGAAUGAAAAUUGCAUUUGCUGCUGCAAAAGGGCUUGCUUUUCUGCAUGAAGCUGAAAAACCGGUCAUACUUCGUGAUUUUAAAACAGCUAAUAUAUUGCUAGACCAGGAGUACAAUGCCAAGCUUUCUGAUUUUGGGCUUGCAAAAGAUGGACCAGUUGGUGAUAAUUCUCAUGUUUCUACUCGAGUUAUGGGUACUUUUGGUUACGCAGCCCCCGAGUAUGUUAUGACAGGGCAUUUGACUGCAAUGAGUGAUGUUUACAGCUAUGGUGUGGUCCUCCUCGAGCUCCUUACUGGAAAGAAAUCCCUGGACAAGUCCCGCCCUGCCCGACAAGAGACCCUUGCCGACUGGGCCUUCCCACUGCUUAACCAGAAGAAGAAAGUCCUCAGCAUUGUAGAUCCCAAGUUGAAUCGAGACUACCCUGUCAAAGCUGUGCAGAAGGUAGCCAUGCUGGCCUACCACUGUCUGAACCGUAACCCAAAGGCAAGGCCUCUAAUGAGAGACAUUGUCAACUACUUGGAACCUCUUCAGGUACCCAUAGAGACCCCAAACAUUGGUAACAAUUGAGCCCCGGCUGUGGAAUGGACUAGGACUGAACUAUGGUGUGUGGUUGAAGUAGUUUAUGCUUUAGGGGGAUGUUUUCUUAAUGUUUGACACCAAAGAUAUGGGUUUUCCUGUGCAUAGUCUGACAUGACCAUUGGUGGUGUCUGCCGUUAGAUGGAUUUGAAUGAUUUUUCUUGUAGUUGUAAGUAGUUAGCUGGAAGUAUUGAACAAAGUUCACAGUCUUGUUCAGGAAAUUUUGAAACAGUUUCAUUCUUGUUCUCUGUGGAAGAUUGAAGAAAGAGUGGUGUCAGUUGCCCAAGUUGUUAUUUUCAAACAGAAAUUUCAGAUCAUGGUAAAAGUUACUGAAUUUCUUAUUGAAGCCUGAGUUGAACAGACAAGUGGCCUGACUAUGUUUACUUUUGAUAGGAUCCAGUCUUGAAUCUAGGCUUAUUAGAAAGGCUGAAAUUUGCAUCCUUGGAUGCUUGUAUUAGAACUUGUCCAAAUAAAAUUUUCUUCUUGCUCAAGUUCAUUUAGUAGAAAAAAUAUUAUACAGAGAUUUUACUCUUAAAGGAUGUCAAUCACCUGAAGUUUUCUUUGUCGAGAAACUGAACACCUGAAGUUUUCUUAUGAGAAAGUCGAUCACCCGAGGUUAAGGCAUUCAUGCAUGUAUCUGAGAAAGAAGAAUCAAUAUUUGGAUUGGUCAUUGUGAGGUGGAAGAGGUCUAGCUAGUUGCUUGAUCAAUCAGCUUUUAAAAAGAUCAAGACCCAUUUAAGUAGCACUUUAAUUUGGUAGUGGACAAUCCAAAACUAGGAGCCAAGAAGGAUAUGCAUGGUGGUUAAGCUGAUUCUCUCCAAAGUGUCAGCUAUUAUUACCAAGUCUUCCAUUGUCCAGAAGAAAUACUUGUUUAAAGGAAAGUGUUAUUCUUUUUCAUAGAAUGAAGGACCGCAGGGGGUUAAAAGUGGGCUUUCCUACAUUUGCGAACCAUAGGAAUUGCUCAUUUAUGCUGUCUCCCGGUUUGUAUGCACCGAUGCAUUGUCUCCCACAGUCAUCAUGGUAUAUUCUUUAAACUUUUGUCUUUUAAAUACAUCAUGUUGUGAUUAUUGUUAAUUGGAUUGCUUGAUUAAAUAGUCUAGUUGGGCACUGCUAUUGGGAAAAAUUUGCUUAAUGUUCGUAGUGAGUUAUUUUAUAAGUGCCAUGCUUUGUGCUGUAUUGUUCUUCAUGAUGAUCAAGAUCAUUUCAG